GAAGAGGCAGGGAGCAGGCAAGGCAGAGAGGGUAGAGAGAGAGAGAGAUCCCCAAAGCAGCCCUGCGCCUCUCAGCUGGAGUCUGCCAGGGCGCAGGCAGCAUGGUGGUCCUCAGCCCGCUUCUCUGGGGAUCUUACCUGCAGCUUUUCUUCUGCCUUGCUUUGUCUCAGGCUGCGUACGUUGACAAUGUCUUCUCAGUCUCAGCAGAUCUCCCUUGUUUGGAACAGAAGAAACAGCUCAGCCGCAGAGCCUGCUGCCUCCUGGGCCCUCCUCCACCACCCUUGAUCCCACCACCGUACUUCGGGCAAGGCUGGAGCACUAAGCUGCUUGCUCUGGACAUGAAAGAGUUGUGUCUGGAGCUCCAGAUAAUGCAGGCUUCCUCUCUGCCCGAAUCGUAUUGCCCCACAGGGCCUCCUGGCCCCCAGGGUCCACAAGGAAUUCCUGGUAUAAUGGGACCAAAAGGGGAGAAAGGGGAGAUUGGCAGGCCAGGAAGAAAGGGUAGACCAGGUCCCCCGGGUGUCCCUGGGAUGCCAGGACCAGUAGGAUGGCCUGGACCUGUGGGACAGAAGGGUGAAAAGGGAGAGUUGGGUGUGAUGGGAUUGCCAGGUACAAGAGGACCAAUGGGCUCCAAGGGUUUUCCUGGAACUAGAGGAGAAAAGGGAUCCAGAGGUGACAGAGGUGACAAAGGAGUCAAAGGAGACCAGGGAGAAAUAGGCUUUCCUGGAAUGCUGGGACAAAAGGGAGAGAUGGGCCCGAAGGGACAAUCUGGAGUACCGGGACACAGAGGACCUAUAGGAAGACCUGGAAAACGAGGCAAACAAGGGUUAAAGGGAGACAUUGGACCUGCGGGUAUCAUGGGUCCACCUGGAAGGCCUGGUCCUUCUGGCCAGCCGGGCCCACCUGGACCUUCAGGAUCAGGGCAAUUCGCAAUAGGACCAAAAGGGGAAAGAGGACUUCCAGGGCCUCCAGGAAGAUGUCUCUGCAGAUCCCCACAAUACAUGAAUAACCCGACAUAUGAGGAAUCUGUGUUUGGACACAAUUAUCCAAAAGUUCCAGCGAUUUUCGUGGUGAAUAAUCAAGAAGAAUUGGACCGGUUAAACACCGAAAAUGCCUUAGCUUUUAGAAGAGACCAGAGAUCUUUGUAUUUCAAGGAUACCUUUGGAUGGCUCCCAAUCCAGCUCACCCCUUUCUAUCCCGUGGAUUACCGCUUUGAGGGGGGCGGUACCUGUGGAGAUGGGAUCGUACAGGAUGGGGAAGAGUGCGACGACGGCAACACGGUUGUGACUGAUGACUGUAUAAGAUGCCGCCGCGCUUACUGCGGAGAUGGCUACAGACACGAGGGGGUUGAAGACUGCGAUGGGAAGGAUUUUGGAUAUUUGACAUGUAAAACAUAUCUCCCUGGGUCUUAUGGAAGAUUACGAUGCACUUCUUACUGCUACAUUGACUCUACACAGUGUCGGUACUUCACAUGAGGGGAGCGAAGGUGGGUAGCACCCCACGAGUAGCGGGGUGCUAGGUGCUACACUAUCAUCUCUUCAAGAAGGACUGGGACAAAAAAAAACCAACCCUACCCAACAUCUGUGUGAAAGCAAACAAAGGGACAUCAUGCUGCUGAUGGCCAUUUUGAGAUGUUUUCCUUUUUUUUUUUUUUUUAAAUUAAGGGAAAAAAUAGGACCACUGCAUCCUGUCUUAAUAGAGAAAGGUCAAACAGUGUUUGCCAGUAAGACUUUCCUGUGGCUGUGGAUGGCAACUUGCUCUCCAUCACAAAUGUGGCGUUAAGCUGCUGGAAACUGAAUUUCACAAACCAGGAAUAUCAUGUAACAAUUACCUCGAUUUAGCACUGUUACACCUACUUGUAAGCUCUUCAGGGUUUUUGUCUUUAAACCUUCUCAGCAUAAACACAAAGCCUAUCAGAUGUGGUAUCUGUAGAGACUUACUCUUCUAUUACAAUGUGAACUUUACAAGUGUUGUAUCCACAUGAGUGACAACUUCAGCAACAUUAACUGUACACCUUCGUGGGUGGAAGGAGCAGAGGCCCUUCAGUAAGUGCUUUCAAGAUCAGCAAGUCAACCAAAAAAAGUCGGUUAACCACCUUCAGGCCAAGACAUUUGGCUGUGCAUGCACGGAAAUGCAAGCAGUCACAGGAGGCCUGAAACUGCAGAGGCCAAACUGAACAAAUAAAGUGUGAAAUAGCCAAGGAGCUCUCUCCAAGGAGGAAGUCAGACAAGGAGGUAAGAAAGAGAUGGAAUGUAUUUCUGUAUUUUCCACCUCUGUAGAUCUGGCUGGGCUCUGCGUGACCCCGAAGGGGCUGGGACAGCAUCGGUUACCUGCCUGAAACCACAGCGUGACCAUGUACUCAUCACCUUUACUCUGGUUUCCACACUGGAAGGUCUUUUUGUGUUCAUCCCAUUGUCCACCUGACCUUCAUCACUCAGCUGCCAGCUAUACCCUCUCCUCUCUCCCCCUCUCUCUCACUUGCUGUGUUCGCCGUCGUGUCGGGGGUACCCCCCAGUGUAUGUCCUCACUUUUGUAUGGCUGUAAAUCACAUCCUGGAGUAGGGUGUUUAUGGAUGCUCAUUCAUGCUGUGUAAUGUACAUAGAUUUUUGUUUUUCAGAAAGUUUGUUCCACUAUAUCAGCUCUGACAGGAGUCAGGGUAAUUAUAUACUUAUUUAUUAGCAGGCAUUAAAAAACUUAUUUCACAUGGGAAGCAUAUUAAAUGUUAUGUGAAAAAGAGUCUAUAACAGAAGAAAAUGAAACAAAGAAUGUGCAGAAUUCAGGAUUGAGAGCCUCAAAGCAAGGUGGUGUUUUCCUACAAACCACUCUUUUCUGCUUCCCCAUAAGUGCUGUACAUGACUGUUUGAAAUGCGUGAGUAUCUGUACCAGUGACAGCGCCGCAACAGCUGCACUUACACUGGUAAAGGUUAAAUAAAGGUGGAUGUUGUGUUACAAUGAUAAUGCAUUAAAGCAACCAAGAAAUGUAUACAACUUUUACCACCUGUAACUCUAACUAACUCUGCAUGUCCAAAGUGACACUGGAAAUCACCAGUUGAAAAAACAAUAAAAAAAUACAAUUAAUGUACUCUUUGUGGCUAUCACUUACCUGGGCUCUUUAUGCUGCUGUGAAGUCAAGCCACUGGCAUUUGUAGCCCAGUUCAAAAUUUUUCUUCUCAUUGCCUUUUUUUAAAAAAAAAAACAAAACAAAAACAGAGGUCUUAAUAAAAGGUCAAGGAACUACUGGGCUGAGGAACUUGCCCAUCAUAAGCUCUGGAAAUCUGGGCACUAGCACAGCUGCCUUUUAAUUUCCUGUGGUUGUGCAAGCAGUGAGUCCCAGCAGUGUCACACCACACAGGAGCGUGCAUCCUGGCGGGAUGCUCCCGAGGACAGCCACAUUCCCAGCAGCAUGUCCUGCAGACCCACCCUCCAGCUGAACCUCUGGCAGCAUCUGCUGAGUGUUACCAACCUGGGCUUGGAGAGACUUCAUCUGACCCCCUCACCUUCUCCAAGGAAUUCAUCUCUACUCCCGAAAAGGCUGGAGUCUUUGAGAACUUCGGUAAUCCCAGUGGCCUGUCAGCUUCACUUUUAAGUCACAUCCUUUUUAAAAGCUCCUAUGUCUGAAAGACAUUGAAGUCACAAAGCCAAGUGCACAGAGGGUAGGAAAUGUAACCAGGAGUUGUGACUGUGCAGGUGAAAUUGUCCUGUGUUCAGGAAGGGGUGCAUCACUCUGGUCAGAAAGCAUUCACAAUGCAUGGAUUUUAAAUACACGUUAUUAAUACAGCACAAACAGUUCAGCAUUUUAACAGAAAGAAAGAGAUGUAAGACAUAAGGAAAAAAAAAAAAAGAGAUAUGAAAAAAGUUACUUACUACCAUUACCUCUUGUUCCCCUCUCUUUGCAAGAGAAAGAUAGCUGGGAAGGUGUUAAGUAUAUAUGAUUUUAAAAUGGCAAUUUUAAAAUACCUGCUUUAUGAUUAAUUGGUGAUUCUUCAGCUGGAUGGCGCCUUGUCUGCUGUGAAUUAUCCUCCCUCCUUCUCUGAGUUUCUUAACACAUUGUGCCAAGUCUGGUUCAAAAGUCAAUUGAGGUAUUUCAGUUCCUUGGCCUUUUGCAGCAGCAAGCGCUGCCGGAAAGUUUUCUAAUGAUUAGUAUGCAAUUCUAGAGGAACACAAAAAUAGUAUGAGCUUACACCAUGCACUGUAUUAAAUGUAUACUAAAAAUCCAGCUUGCACUUAAUAUAUGAUUAAAUAUAUGUAGUUACCUAC